AUGCAACCCUACCUUGCGUACUUCGCACUCCUUCUCGCCACGCUCGUGGACGCGCAGCCCAUCUCGGCCAUUGGGUACCCGGGCAACCUCUUCUUUGCGCAAGCCUCGACCAGCGCGAUCGCCCAAGCGAAUGCUUUGCAGCAGGCGAAGAGCAACUUUGCCAACCACGCCGAUAGCAACAGCGGCAACGUUGGCAUUGCCAAGUCACUCGUGAUCGACAGCAACCAUGCGAGCCAAGAAGCCAACGACCGCGGCUACCAAGACGCGACCGCACAGAACAAUGCGCUUCAGAAGAGCCAGACGCGGACGAAUGCGAACGGCGCCGUCCUCUCGCCGUGGGUGCGCCGCCUGGUCGGAAACUGCGGCGGGCUUGGCUGUGGCGGCGGCUGCUUCGGAACGAGCUGCGGCGGCUCGCCAUCGGCCUUGUCGGCCGCCAACAAGCAAGCCAGUGCACUCAACCAAGGCGGUACGUUCAACGAAGCGAGCCAAGGCCGCGCCUCAGACGCCCGCCAGCACGCCGACACGCAGCAAAUCAUCAAGCGCGAUAUUAACAAGAAGGGCUAUGCGAACGCCAACGCCAACUCGGAGUCGAAUGCUCACGCGCUCUCCAAGGGCAACUUUUUCGCGGCCAAAAACAUUGACCAAAACCAAGUCGUUGUCCAGAACCCGGGCCUCUUUUUGCGCCGUUCGUAG